AUAACUGGCUGGGCCCAGGCGUGCACAAAUUUGAUUUUGACUUCGUCUUACCUCCGAGGAUCCCAUCAACUUUCACCAGCCGUGUGGGGAAAAUUAGCUACUUCCUCCAAGCACUCUGUGCCACGCGAGAACUUAUCCUUCGCAAGCAGAAAAAGUAUAUUUUGGUUCAAGGGACUUCCCUGUACAGCCAGGACACAGUGCAGUCCAAGUACCCGUUGGUUGUCGAAGUUCAGAAGAUCCUGACUUACAACUGUUGUCUCAGGAGCGCCCCCAUCACCCUGCGCAUGUCUCUGAGCAAGAGCCUCUACCUUCCGGGCGACAACAUCGCCUUCAUCACCGAAAUCACCAACCCGACGGGCAAGUCCAUCCGGAAGGUGGUUUUCACCCUCCACUCAGUAGUCCUCUACAAAGCCUUCAACUUCCGAGCGGAGCCCCGGACGUUAGAGCAGCACGAAGAGAUGAUGCGACUGGAGUCGAGCAUGGAGCGAGGCCCUUGCGAGUUCACCAAGAUUCACAGCACCCUCUGCUUGCCCAAAGUGAUGCCCGUCACCAGCGCCCAAAAAUCCGACGACAUCAUGGAGAUCGGCUACGAGCUGACGGGGACGGUCCACUUCCCCUGGUGCCUCAACAGGGUGGUGGCCAAGAUCCCCAUCGUGGUCAGAAACGAAGCCACGGAGCUGCCAGAGUAA